UAAUCUGAAGGAGUCGUAUCGGAAAUUGAAAGUUUAACGUUCCGUGAAAGUUUCUUAACGAGUCGACACAGAAGAAGUUAUGACGUGAGUCGUCGUCUUUACAGAAUCACCGCCCGGAACGAAACGGACGCAUCAUGUUGCAGCGGGUCGCAGUGGUCGGUGCCGGGGCUGCCGGCCUCUGUGCAGCGAGACACAUCCUGGCCCGCCCAAACAGGUUCUGGCCUCCAGUAGUGUUCGAGCUCAGCGACCACGUCGGUGGGACGUGGUGUUACGAUGAGCGCGCUGGGAUGUUGGACGACAAGCAAGUUCACAGCAGCAUGUACAGAGACCUGAGGACCAACCUCCCCAAGGAGGUGAUGAUGUUCCCUGAUUUUCCCUUUGACUCCGGGCUGAACAGCUUCCUGCCCCACCAGGAGGUUCAGAGGUACCUGGAGAGUUACUGUCUAAGCCACGACAUCCGCCCGCACAUCCGGUUCAGCGUCAUGGUAGAAAACGUGAAGCCUGUGGAUGAAGAGAGGGCACGGUGGGAGGUGACGUCGUCUGAUUUGUCUGGUUGUCAGAAAACGGAGCUGUUUGAUGCUGUCUUUGUGUGUUCAGGACACUACUCAGAGCCUCACAUCCCAGAAAUACCAGGACUGGAGAAUUUUAAAGGACAGGUUCUUCACAGUCACUUGUACAGGUUUGCGGAGCCGUUCUCGGGGCGGUCUGUGGUGGUUCUGGGAGCCAAAGCUUCAGGACUGGACAUUUCCAUGGAACUGGCCAGAGUUGGUGCCAAGGUGAUUCUGAGUCACCGUCGGCCUCGUCUUACUUUUCCUCUUCCCUGUGGGAUUCAACAGUCCAGCGAGGUGGUGGCAGUCGAGGCUGAUGGCAGGAUUCGCUUCCAGGACGACUCUCGGAGCCACGCUGACGUCCUGAUGUUUUGUACUGGGUACGUCUACAAGUUUCCAUUUCUGGAUGCGGGUCAGCUGGGUCUGGAGAUCCACGACCACACGGUGUCACCGCUGUACCGCUACCUGCUGCCUCCCGCCUUCCCCUCGCUCUUCUUCAUUGGCAUCUGUAAGAUCAUCUGUCCCUUCCCCAACUUCAACUGCCAGGUCCAGUUUGCUCUGGCUGUGUUGGACGGCUCUGUCAUUUUACCAUCACAGGCUGAAAUGGAGGAGGAGGCCCGCCGAGAACUGCAGGAAAAGGUGUCCCGUGGAGUCGAGCAGCGUCACCUGCUGGUUCUGGACCAGGAUCAGUGGGACUACUGCAGGAGCCUAGCAGACGCUGCCAACUUCCCACCACUGUGUCCAGCUGUAUGUAGUCUGUACAAGGAGGUUGCUCAUCAGCGACAGAUUCAUCCCCAAAACUACCGGAUGCGUAACUACAGGCUUCUCAGUGACACUGAGUGGGAGCUGAGGGACUGAUCAGCAAACAGACGUGUGAGAUGACUGGAACCAUGAGCAGAGGUGGGUUCAGGUCAUUACAAAGAAGAAGCUUGUUCUUCCUGGUUUCCGUGGCCCACAUACUGUAAGCUGUGAUGUCAUAGACUGACCUGAAGGGUCCAGCUGCAUUCACACUUUCACACCACAUUUAAAGUGGACUUUCAAAUUCUGUGUGCAGGGUGUGUCAGCGAAGGUUCGUCAUGGGUCACGACUCUGGUUUUCUUAGAUGUUAAGUCACAGGAAGAAUUAGAAACACCUGUAAGGAUGAGUUUCAUGCAAAUGGACAUUUUUUAUUAGUCAGAUAUUAAGUUGCAGUUUUUGAAUGGACGACUUCAUCAUCUGAAGCUGUAGGAGACAAAUGCUGUUGCUACUAAAUGUAAUGUUUUAAAUUGAUACAAACAUAAAAUAAGAAUAAUCUUGUCA